AUGAUCUUGUCCACGCACCCCUGGGCCCUCCUCUCACCUCUCACCAUCUCAGUGUGUGUCUCUCUCGCACAGGCACAGGCACAGGCACAGGGGGGGUGCAAAAGAACAACGGCCCUUACGGUUUACCCCACAGGAUCAACUUUGAGGGACUUUCGGGAGAUUACGAUUUGGACGAACGGGUGGCCGCGAUUGGUCGGACGGCACCCCGGUCGCAAUUUGGACGAAACGCUCGGCUCCGCCCAAUGGGAUGAACGGCUUCCCCGACGACUUCUCUCCCGCUCUUUCCUGCAGCCUGCACAAUUGUUCGGGUUUCCUUUCGUUGUGCACAUCAUAGCAGAACCUGCGGUCAAGGUUCACCGAGGGAACGGCGAAGAUGAGAGGAGGGGGAGGGAAGGGGAUUACACCACAUCCCAUCCAUGCGCUGGGGGAAGUUUCGCAAAAGAGUCAGCCUGGCGCGCGCCAGAAAAGGAAGGCGAAUCGAUGAGAGAGAGAGAGUCUGGGUGUUCUGGACCGUCAUUUUUGAACAUUGGAGAACUUGUGGGUUCGCCUUCCUCGUUCAUGCAAAGCUGCAAAUCUCCUUCCAUUUCGGCCUCUCGUCAUGCUGCGGGUAUCCGUACUUUAUGA